AUGGGGGCCCGACCAGGGGCAGCAAUGCUUAUCAGGAUCCUCCCAGCGAGGGCAGCGACCCCAGGGGUCCUCACAGAAGGCAGGCACCCCCAAGCGGCUCUCAGGGGCAGUGGCUCUCCUGGAACCUUCCCAGGGGCAUUACAGGGGGUAGCACAUCAGACCCUUUCGUUUGCCAUACCGGGUGCAACGCCCCUGGGGCCCUCUCAGGGCAUCCCGGAGAUUAAAGGCCCUCCCAGAAGGCAGCUGAGGGCCAUUCAGGGGCGUCCGGUGAGAAACAAGGGGGUCCUCACAGGAAAGGCGGCGCUGCAAGGGGCCGUCAAGGCAACCCACAACACGCAGGAGCCUUUCAGGGCAACAGCGGGUGUGGGGCCCGACCAGGGCAGCAGUAACCUACAGGGAUCCUCCCAGCGAGGGCAGCGACCCCAGGGUCCUCACAGGAGAAGGCGGCACCCCCAGCGGCACGUCUCAGAAGCCCGGCCUGACGCUCUCUGGGACCUUCCCAGGUUCAAGUGGGGCUGCAGCCAUAGGGGCCUUACCAGGGGCGGCACUAACCUCAGGGAUCCUCCCAGGAGCAGCAGCGACCCAGGGGUUCUCACGGAGACAGCACCUCAGGGCCCUGUCGGGGCAGCGGCUCUCAGGACCAUCCAGAAUGCCGUUGUCACUUCGGGGUCUCAGCUGCCCUGCGCGGGCCUUGGGAUCGGCCGCCUGGGAGGCCUCUGCGGACACAACCGCACCUGGGAGGCCUCUGGGGUCGCUGCCGCCCCUGGCAGACCCCUAGGGUCGCUCUGGGAGGCACAGGGGUCACCGCCAUUACCUGGAGGGCCUCUAGGGGUCGCUGCCGCACCUGGGAGGCCCUUGGGGCCAGAGGUGCCUGAGAGCACCCCUACGGACGCCGUUGACUGGGGAGGCCCUGUGGGUGCCUCCACCCUGAGAGGGGCCCAGGAUGCUCCUCUUGGGCCGGCUUCUGGGGUCGCCGGUGCCCAUGGAAAGGCCCUUGGGGACACUGACAUGCGUGGAAGGGCCCCUGGAGCAGUUGUUGUAGCACCAUUUACAAAAAAUGGGAAUGUAACGUGCUCUCAUCACUGCCCAUCGCAUUUCAGUAUCAUCGCAUCAUGA